AUUGUAGCAGACUAUAUCUCUCAUCACAAAUAACCCACUCUCUCCAGCAUCAUGCUUCCAAAACAAUACUUCUUUGCGUCAUGCCGACGCUGGUAGUGACGAACUGGUCCACUACACUCCUCCUAUCUUACCUUUCCUCCCCAGUCCUCUUCAACUCUCUCAUCAGGACCACAGGGAUGUGAUACACUGACACACACAAGGCUGCAGAACAACUUUAUUCAGCAGCCAGCGUUAUAUUUGGGAGUGGGGUUUGGACAACUAACUUGGCUGUAACUCCAGACUGAGGGGGGGUAAAUUAGUUAAGUGGGUGAGUGUGUUUUGGUUUUCUUUUUUUUUUUUCUUUCUUUCUUUUUAAGCAGUAAAUACAACUCAGCAGCCCUGUCCUGUGUUGUAUUUCCCAUAUGUCGCGGAAGCAGGUCGACCAUGACUACAACCUCCGGAGUAUGAGCAACCUGAUGGGCGAGCGGUGGAAGAAAGUGAACGACGGAGGAGAGCGGAGUCUCAUCAAGGCUCCGUCCAGCGCCAGCAUCAGCAGCCAGGGCGCCUCCGCCGGAGCUUCCGCUGCAGGUGCCCCAGCACCACCACCACCACCACCAGCAGCCUCCUCCUCCUCCACCACUGGGGACCUGGAGAGGGCUGCCCGCAAGCAGUUCCAGCAGGAUGUCACGCCCGGCUUCGUCUAUGUCCUGGCCGUCUUCUCCGCCCUGGGUGGCUUCCUGUUCGGCUACGACACCGGGGUGAUCUCCGGGGCGAUGCUCCUGCUGAAGAAGGAACUGGACCUGAGCGCCCUGUGGCAGGAGGUGCUCAUAUCAAGUACUGUGGCCGCGGCUGCCCUGUCUGCCCUGCUGGGCGGCUUCCUCAACGGGCUCUUCGGGCGCAGAGUGUGCAUACUGUUGGCCAGCUUCUUCUUCACCGUCGGGGGGAUCGUGCUGAGCACCGCCCCCAGCAAAGAGGUGCUGCUGACGGGGAGGCUCAUCGUCGGAGUGGGGCUUGGUAUCGCCUCCAUGACAGUGCCCGUGUACAUCGCCGAGGCCUCCCCGCCGCACCUCAGGGGUCAGCUGGUGACCAUCAACACCCUCUUCAUCACCGGGGGACAGUUCAUCGCAAGCCUCAUCGAUGGCGCCUUCAGCUACCUGCAGCGCGACGGGUGGAGGUACAUGUUGGGCCUGUCAGUGCUCCCCGCUGUGCUCCAGUUCAUGGGAUUCCUGUUCCUGCCGGAGAGCCCUCGCUGGUUAAUCCAGCGCGGGCUGACCCAGAAGGCCCGCCGCGUGCUCAGUCAGAUCCGAGGCAACCAGAACAUCGACGAGGAGUACGACAGCAUCAAGAACAGCAUUGAGGAGGAGGAGAAGGACAGCGGAGGAGAUGGCCCGGUGAUCUGGCGGAUGCUGACCUACCCCCCGACUCGGCGGGCCCUCCUGGUUGGCUGUGGUCUUCAAAUGUUCCAGCAGCUUUCAGGAAUCAACACCGUCAUGUACUACAGCGCCACCAUCCUGCAGAUGUCGGGAGUGCGGGAUGACCGGCUGGCGAUCUGGCUGGCCGGGCUCACCACCCUCACCAACUUCCUGUUUACCCUGCUGGGAGUGUGGCUGGUGGAGAGAGUGGGACGCAGGAAGCUCACUCUGAGCAGCAUCAUAGGUACAUGUUUGAGUUUGAGUCUUUUGGCCAUCGGGUUUCUGAUAUCUGCCCAGCACAGUCCUCCUGUCACCUUUCACCCAUUGGACCCCGCCAUUGCCAACUCUACCUGCUCCAAGUACCAGCUGUGCGAGCCGUGCAUGCUGGACCCCAGAUGUGGUUUCUGUUACCGUGAGAACGGCUCGGCGCUCCUCACCUCCUCCUGCGUUCCCGUCAAUAAGGCCUCCACCGAGCAAGCAGCGUGGGGCAGAUGCUCCAACUCCAGCCUGAUGAGAGAUCACACCUACUGGGCCUACAAUUACUGUCCCACCUCCUACUCCUGGAUGGUUCUACUGGCGCUGGUGCUCUACCUGGCUGCUUUCGCUCCAGGCAUGGGUCCAAUGCCAUGGACCAUCAACUCGGAAAUCUACCCUCUGUGGGCGAGGAGCACAGGGAACGCCUGCGCAGCCGGAGUCAACUGGACCUUCAACAUUCUGGUGUCGCUCACCUUCCUCCACCUGGCUCAGUACUUCACCUACUACGGAGCUUUUUUCCUCUACUCCAGCCUGGCCUUGCUAGGUUUUGUCUUCAUCUAUGGCUGCCUGCCAGAGACCAAAGCCCGGCGUCUGGAGGAGAUCGAAGCGCUGUUCGAAAACCAGCUUUGUUCCUGCGGCGCCUCCGAUUCAGACGAAGGACGGCAGGUUGAGUACAUUCGGGUCAAAGGGUCAAACUACCAUCUAUCGGACAACGACGCAUCUGACGUGGACUAGGGAGAAUGUUAGGGUUGGUAAACCCCCUCUGGAUGUUUCAUUAGCUUUAGUGAUUACUGAAACAUGCACAGUGGUUGGGUCUGUAAUAUUUAUAUUUUUUUGCGCGAGAGCUGAGGAGUCAUUAACUCCCCUCAGUGUGAGGUUAAAAAUAAGAGUUUAAAAGGCCUUUUGCUUGUAUCAGUAAUGUGAGUUCACUUUCACAUCAGUCAAUUCAGGAAUCCAAAAUCACUGACAAUGCUUUAGUUUGAGUAUGAAUGUUUUAUUUUCAGCCUAAACUCUGAAUUGAGGGUGAACUGAAACAUUCCCCUUUCCACACAUAAUAGACCUGAACAUAAAAACAUACAGGUCCAGUGUCUUUGUGGUGGACACUUGGGCAGGAAACAUGACUGUUGAACACACACUGAAAAUACUAAAUAUAAGGGACUCUCUCAUGUCCACUGAUGAUGAUGUACUUCACAAAGGGGGAGGUGGAAAAUGUCCCUAAUAUUUUGUACAUUCAUUUAGUAAAUAUUAAUUGCGAUUUAAAUGUGAUGUUGUACGUACAGUAUAAUAAAGUAUAACACGACACAGCCAUCCUACGGCAUCAUGUCAGAAUUUGUUUCCAUUGAAACCGCUACAGUAACUGUGGCCUUGGAAACCAGGUUUGUGCGUCCACGCGAUUUUUCCGCUGGCAUGACAGCAGUUGUAACUUAUCGUUGAUCUACAGUAUAGUACCAUUAUGCCUUUUUUUUAUGUGAAACACAUCUCAGUUAAAUGUCGUUUAAGCUUGUAGCAAUGCACAUUAAUGUCAGUUCCUCACGAUGACAGUCUUAAGCUUGUGUUUGGUCUCACAUUUUUAUGAAAAACAAACACCAGAGAUGUACAGCGUAUUGUUUAAAUUUAGCAGACUUGUAUUGUCAGUGGGUGCCUAAGCAAAACCACUUACCACUGUAGUAGCACUGAAAGGAAUAAAAGUUCUGUUGCCAUAGUUUCUAAUUUAUUUCUUGAAAUACGAUUUUUUUUUCUCUAUCAGGUUUGCAACAAAUUACUAAUUGCUUUAGCAUUGUCUGUUUUUUCAGUUUCGGCCCUUUAUUCUGUUGCCUCUAAAAAUGCAGUUUUUAACAUAAUACUAUGGAGACUACAGUUUAAUGUCACUGUCAUGGCCUACGCUAUGAACCAAUGUUGAUGAACCUGCAUGUGUCAUUAACCACAGCUGGUUGUUAUUGCUGGAUAUAUUGUGCAUUUAAUAUUCAGCAAAGACGACCAGUCUGUUCUGUCUGUGGUGGUGAAGUAAAACCUUAGUUUUAUGAUUGAGAUUUCAAGUAUUUCAUUCUGUCUUAACAUGAUUAUAUUAGUGCCUGUGUAUUGUGAAGGUGCCUAAUGGCCAUUUUUCAGUCACAUUCCCUAAGUGGACAUGUAUGUAUUAUGUCAUGUUAUGAUAACUACUAUGUCUGCAUAGCUUUUUUUUUAUUUGACAUGUACAUAUUUGCAUUUCAGCUGUGAUGGAAUAUUAUUUUUUUACUAUCAUUUCAUGUAUGUAGAUUUCUGUCUUCCUCCAUAGCCUUAUGUACAAAUAGCAGAGCAUAUCAUUUAUGUGGUUCUCGUGUCAAAAGUCCAGGAGUAGGAUUUAGUGUAAUUUGCCAGUGUUGUUUUGUAAAGUAAAACUGUGUGAGGUUACACCUUUGUUAGUCACAUAGGUUUCAGUGUAUCAAAAACUGUUAACACCGGAGUAACUUUAUGUAACAAAACAAAUCCGGUAAAUAAGGCGUUAACAGGCUGCGCUGCUACUGUCACGUGGCAGGCGAAGGACAGUGAAUUUUUGACAUGUGGGUCCUAACCCAUCAUGAAUUAAUACAAUUUAAUACUUUUUAUGGAAGUUGUUUAUCAAAAGCCGUGGCACAAUGUGGUGACAUGUUAAGUGAUCCAUCAAAAGUGAAUAGUAUUUUCAAGGUGUCACACUCACGCAUGGAUGCCUAUGGAAACGGUAGAUUGGUACAAAAGCAACUAGAACCAUAUUCCAUUCUAAUAAAUGGUAAGAGAGUAAUAACAUAGCGCGCUAGCUUCAAUCAAUCUGUUCUUCAAUCAAAGUUAGAAAAUAUAAACAUAGAUGUCCCUUAAGCAGCUUUACACGACCAUAUUCAGCUCAUUAUCUACAAAUCAUUAUAGUUUAUAUCAGCUGAUCAGUUUCAAAAGCAUGCCAUUAGUCUUUGAGUGAUUCCCUUCCCUACAAGCAGUUGCUGUUUUUUAUUAAUUUCAAUAAGCAUUGGAACUUGCACGGACUUUAAACUUGGUAGAAAAAAAUGUAAAAUCAUAGCAAACAUUUAAAGCAAAACAACCUCAUCACAAAAAUCUAUCAUCAGGUGAACUUAAAAAUCUGUCAUACGCUUUUGAAAAUGAUCAGCAACUAUGUAAAAUACCUGUGAUUUCUAGUUAUGGAGCUAAAACAUGCAAAACAUCUGGAGUAUGGUCCUUUAAGCCAAUGGGAUAAAGGAACCCAGCAGUUUACAUAACUUUUGGUAACAAGUAAUUAUGAGAAUGGUCCCUCAUAUCCUGUUUAUUCAGUUAUCAGAAAAAGAUGAUUGACGUAGACCAGUUUUUCUGCUCUGUGAGUUAUAACUUUACUAUGUAACAUUAUUCUCCCCUAAAAUUGGCUCGUUAACCUUUUCAACUAAUGGGGAUUACUUUCUAUGUGCUUAAAAGUUAAAAAAAAUAACCAUGAUUCAAAACUUGAAGGUAUUGUUUUAACUGUUAGUUUCAAUUGGUUCAGGGUGAGGUGUCUCAAAAUCACACAACCUAGUUUUGUACUGAGAGUAUUAUUACAGAUAAAACACACACACACACACACACACACAAAGAUGAAGCUGUCCGUAACACAGACUGUGUAAUGAAAACUUGUGUCAACCAAAUAUUUAACGUGAUCGUUUCAGGCUGCACCUUAUCCAUGAUAGUGUGGUGUCCAGCCCUUAACAUCCAGUUGUGUUAACACCGUCCUCUACCACAGUGGGGACAUUUAAUGUGUACUUAUGGUGAAAUGGUUGCAGUUUUUCUCUAUGUGAACCAGCUAUGUGUGUUUCUACAGUUUACGAGGAACUACAAAAAUACAAAUAAAAACUGAAAAAGAGUGCUGUAUAGUUUAUUUGAUUAUUGUUCGAGCUGUAAAUGUUUUGCUAGAGUUUAUAUUCUAUAAAAAAUAAAUAUCUUCAUGAAAUCUUAACACUUGAAUAUGUAUAUGGGGAAAGAAAUAAACUUAUGAGUCAGA